AUGCUGUCCGCGCAACACUCCAUGACCCCUUCCUGCAGCGUCGUUCCCCCGGACGGCUCCUCCGCAUGGCCCGCUUCCGCGGCUGCAGCCGCUGCUGCGGCGGCGCAAGCGCAGUCCCACGCGCCCAUGUGGGCCUCCUCGCCAUUCCAUUGCCAGGCGCUUCCGCCUCCCGCACCCAACGGCUCCGCGUGUUUCUCGUUCCACGGAGCCGAGCCGUCGCCGCCCAUGUUCACGUUCCCGCAGUUCCGCCUGACGAAUACCCUCGCUGCGGCGCAGCUGAUGGAAGCGGGGGCUUCCGCCUCAGCCGCCGCUGCUGCCGCCGCGUCCGGAUCUGACAGUAAAGGCAAGCGGCUGAACGAAAAUGCGCCGGAAGGGUUAAGCAACCCGGCUCUUGCGCUGCGACCGCGGAAAAGAGGACGUCCUUCGAAGAAAGAUCGCGCUGCAGCCGCCGCGGCAGCGGCAGCAGCGGCAGCGGCAUCGCAAAGUACUUCUGCCGCUCCACGAACUGCGUUCGCCGCGAUUGGCGCAGCCUCUCCUGCCGGCGGUACCUCCGCGGAUUGUAACCCGCGGGAACAGACAGCUGCAAUCGCUACUGGCGUUACUGUCGGUACUGGCGGUAAUGGCGGAGCCACGACCACGGACCAAUCCAACCUCACCACGAGCCAGCAUGCAGCUUCCGAACGGAAAAUGCCGCAGCUGUUACCGCGUAUGCCCGCCUCCGCCACUUCCAUCCCCUCCGCCGGGUUUCCGCCCAUGCACGUGUCUAUGCAGUACGGCGCGAAUCUGAGCGCGACGCCCGUGCACCCGUCGAUGUUUUCUGGUGGUCCGUAUGCUGCUGCGGCAGCGGCGGCCGCGGCUGCUGCGGCUGCGGCUGCGGCAAUGGCUGCGCCUGUCAGUGGCGCCGCUGCUGGGCCGUGUUCGUCGCUAGGUUCGUUUUCGCAGGUCAUGUACGAAGCGGCGCACCAACAACAGCAACAGCAACAGCAGCAGCAGCAGCAGCAGCAGCAGCAGCAACAACAACAGCUGCAGCUGCAGCAGCAACAUAGCCAGAUUAUGCAGCCGCAAAUGUUCGCAGCAGCUACGCCGCUCAGCGCUACGGCGGGGAGCGCGCCGCCGCCUGUCCUUGGUAUCCCUGUUCACGGUUAUAAUAUUUUCUCUUUGGUCAAACCGCUCGAGAGCACGCUACGCGCACCGUCCGUGAGCUUGCCGCAACUUUCCGUUCUGAAACCCGCUGUGUCCGUCGCAAACGGCGCAACUGGCGGCGCCGCUAAUGAUGCCGGUUUGUUACAGGUGCAAGAGCAGCAGGGCAGUAGCGGCGCUGUGAAACCCGCAGCAGCGUCUGGUGCUGCUGGGGCGGAGAACGGCGGAAAGGAUGGGGACGCUGCUUCUCCGGGCACUGCAGGUCGAUCGUCGCUGACUUCUGAAGUGUCGCCCUCGCCAGAUGCGAUUCCAGCCAUCGAUUGGAUGCUCGGGCAGAUGAAACGUUCGAUGGGUCAGCCUAAAAAGGAAUCGGUUGCAGCAGCUUCGAGCGUGGUGGCGGAGCACGGAGACGAAACCCCUGCUGCUGGGGGCAGUGGUUCCGCGGGAAGUGGUUCAGCUUCCGCGUGGCUGCCUGUCCCCCGGUCGCACAGAUCUGCGCCUCCCCCGGAAGUUGUUAACGCAGCUGCGAAGCUUUUGGCGGGAACUGGGACACUGCUUGACCAGAAUGAAUCCAAGGGUCUUGGGAAUACCGCGAAGUCUAAAGCGUCCGCGUUAGGGUUUGGUGCAGCGGUUCCGAUGAAGGGCGUUGCAUUGGAAUUUGCAUUUGAGGCUGCUAAAGGGGCAGACAAUGGAGCGGACGCAGCAGGUGAACGGAUGGGUGAAAUCAAGAAGCCAAGAGGAGCUUCUGAGGUUGAUCUUACCCUCAAACUUUAA